AUGACAAAGAAACACUUGGUGCUAGAUAACGGCUCAUACUCCAUCAAGGCUGGGUUUUCAACCGAUGAGUCUCCUUGCGUUGUUCAGAACCUACUAGCGAAAGCCAAGGACGGAGUCGUCUACAUUGGAAACGACUACUUGAAACAUACAAACUUGUACUCCGGAAUCAACUUCCGAAGACCGCAUGAUCAGGGGCACUUGACGUCGUGGGAAACAGAAAAGCCUGUUUGGGAUUAUACUUUUGAUCAAGUAUCGCCUCUGUGCGAGUUGGAUCCGCUGGAUACCCGGUUGUUACUCACGGAAAUCCCGUUCCAGCUUCCGCGUCUCUCGAUGAACACAGACUUGAUUGUCUUCGAAGAGUAUGGAUUUAGUGAGUACUAUCGCUGUCCCGCUCCACUGCUUGUGCCUUGGGAUGUUGAGGGCAAGCCCCAGGAUUUCACCCUUGUCAUUGAUUGUGGGUACAAUUCCAUACAUGUAGUUCCUGUCCUUUAUCAGAGAGUAUACUGGAAGGGAAUCCGUAAGCUUCCGAUCGGAGGGCGCCAUCUCAAUGGGCUUCUCAAGGAAACCAUUUCCUUCCGUCACUACGAUGUUUCAGACGAGCCAAUCCUCAUCAACACCGUUAGAGAACAAACGAUGUUUGUGGCGUCUGACUUCGAAGAAGCUCUAAAAAAUAAAGCGUCAGCCAAAUGUGAGUUUAUUCUCCCGGACUUUAAAACAACGUUCACAGGAUAUGUUCGUGACGGGUCGACGAAGCCACCUGCCGAUGCACAGUCCAUCCAAUUGUUCGACGAGAGAUUUACUAUCCCUGAAUCGUUCUUCAAGCCUGAAAUUAUGUUAGAUCAUAAUCUGUACUCGAAAAAUCCGAUUGUGCAAAAAGCGCAUUUCAAAAACCUCACAGAUCUAGUUGUGGAAUCUAUUAUGGCCUGCCCUGACAUCAUUCGACCUGUUCUUCUGGAAAACAUAAACGUUGUUGGUGGUACUGCCAAAUUGGACAAUCUCACAGAAAGACUCAUUAGUGAGCUCAAGCGUGAAUUGCCUGUGAACUGGAACGUUAAACUCACAGAUCAAACUCAUGAUGUCAGUGAAGUAGCUUGGUAUGGUGGUAAGCGCUUAAUCGAGGAGGACAUAAUGAGAAAACUCACCAUUACCAAGCAAGAUUUCUUCGAGCAUGGAGAGAAUUGGUGUCAAAAGCAAUUUGGGUUUGAGAAUUUCUAG